GGAAGCGGGGGGGCGCGGGGGGGCGCGGGGGUGGGGGAGCAGCGAUCGCGGCCAUGGCGGUGCUGGGCUACUGGGACAUCCGCGGCCUCGCUCACGCCAUCCGCCUGCUGCUGGAGCACACCGAGACGCCCUACGAGGACAAGCUGUACAGCUGCGGGGAAGCCCCCGACUACGACAAGAGCCAAUGGAUCAACGAGAAGGAGAAGCUGGGGCUGGACUUCCCCAACCUCCCUUACUUCAUCGAUGGCAGCACCAAGCUGACGCAGAGCAACGCCAUCCUGCGCUACAUCGCCCGCAAGCACAACAUGUGCGGGGAGACGGAGGAGGAGAAGCUGCGCGUGGACAUGCUGGAGAACCAGGUGGUGGAUUUCCGCAUGAGCCUGAUCGUGGUCUGCUACAGCCCCGACUUUGAGAAGCUGAAGCUGGGGUACCUGGAGCAGCUGCCGGGGAAGCUGAAGCUCUUCUCCAACUUCCUCGGGGACCGCAAGUGGUUUGCGGGGGACAAGGUACGGCCGGGGAGCGGGGCGGGGGGGGGCGUCCCCACACUGCCCCUCACCGUGUGUGUCCCCCCCCCUCCCCCCGCAGCUCACUUUCGUGGACUUCCUCAUGUUCGACGUGCUGGAGCAGAACAGCAUCUUCGAGCCCAAGUGCCUGGAGCCCUACAAGAACCUCAAGGACUUCAUGGACCGCUUUGGGGCCCUGGAGAAGGUCGCUGCCUACAUGAAGUCCAGCCGCUUCCAGAAGAUGCCCAUCAACGACAAGAUGGCCAAGUGGGGCAACAAGAAGGAGUAGGGGUGGGGGGCCUUGCCCACCCCCUAGUGGGGCUGGGGGUCUCCGUGGGUGUGAGGACCCCAAACACAAUAAAUUGUGGAGAUCCAGCACCCUGAGUC